UUAUGUUUUUCCUAGGGUGAAAGUUAUCAAAAAAAAAAGAAAAACUUGUUUUUAUUUCAAAAAUUGUGUUGGAAACCUGUCGACUCGCCUUCUUCUUGUGUUCGAAAAAGAUAAAUCUAUUGUAGGCAAAUAUUGCUGUAGUGCGGGUAUAACAGUUACCUUAUUGUUUUUGUUGGUGUCAUACAAAAUAAAAAGUUCGCAACCAUCCGAUCAGACAGAGACAGCCAGUUUAAACCUGUCAACUUGGCACCAGUGUUUUUUUCACUUCACGAAACGAAAAUUUUUCUGUCGUUUUAUUGUUCCUUGUGGGGAUUAAUUUUGAGGAAAAAAACUGACAAAAUUUUCUGUUUUAAUUGAGUAUAUUAUAUUUUUGGCUAUAUAUUCUAAACAGCUAAUUGUGAUUUGUGUUUGUGAGCCAAUAAAUUGAGAAAAUCGUAUUCAAAAUUUGAUUUUUUCUCAACCCUACUUCGUCGAAAAGCAACCAAACGAAAACAUCCACGUAAACUCGUUGAACGUCAAUCCAAUCACCUCACCUCAGAGUAUUUUUUAUUUAAAUUCUCUUUGCGAUUAGCUUGCACAAUCAACGAAUAAAAAAUAAACUAAAUAUGAAAUCCAGUUUAUUGAAAAUGUUGUAAAAUGCUCGAUAGGUAAUUUUUGAAGUUAGUAGUGGGGGUAAAUUGAAACGAGUCCGAGUGCAUUUUUAAUUGAAAGUAAAAUUUGAGACUGGGAGAAGAAGGAAAUAUCGAUUAUUCAAUUAAUUAAGAACGGAAAUGUCGUGGGCCCCUAACCGCCAGCCGGCGAAUAUGGCCAAACCACCACCUUCAUCUUUGGUACCGCUCCAGCAUUUACAACCCCAGCAGGUGGGUGUAGUUGCUGUUGGUAGUUCUAGUGAUCAUGGUAGUACGGGAAAUUUUGGCUCUCAGGCGGUUUGGAAGCCAAACUUUAAUCAGCAACAACUCAUGCAACCAGUUCAGCAACCUCCACCAAACAAUUGGGCUACACAUCCAAUUGGCAAUGUCUUUCAACAAAAGCAAGAAAACAUUUUGGCUCCCAUGCCUCAACAAACUCAACAAACUCAACAACAAAACAAUAACUGGACCCCACAAGAUUUUCAUACGCCCUCAACUCAACGACAACAACAACCAGCUUUGCCUACAUCAGGAUAUUUUCUGAAUCAAGACAAUUUUAAUCAACCGCAACAACAGUACCCUGUGUUGCAACCGGCGUAUCCACCCCCACAGCAAUAUCAACAGCAAAAUGUUCAGCAAGCUGUUGAAUUACCACUUGCUACUCCAGUGGCACCUGCUGUUCCUGUAAGCUAUUCGCGUCAAAGCACACAGCAGAUGGAUAACGUGCAGGAAGCAUCCGAUUAUUUUGAUAACAAGUCUAGCAACACUAAUGAUGGCUGGGGUGAUUGGGAUUGGAAUGAUAAUAAUCUUCAACAGCAUCAGGUACAGCAACAACAAGUUCAGCAACAGCAGGUACAGCAACAACAGGUACAGCAACAGGAGGUGCAACAACAACAGUUACAACAACAUCAAGAACAGCAACAACAACUACAACAAUCGCUCCCAGUUGCAACUUCUAUAUCAGGAAACUUGCAAAACAACAAUACCAGCAUUGACGACAGUUUUCGCAUUGAAUCGAAUGAUAACUGGCAAUGGGGGCAAACUGUAGAAAAAACCCAACAAAAUAAUAACCUGGGCUCUGAUGACCACCACCAGAAUUCCCAAAAACCUCCACUACAAGGACAUGGCGAAAAUAAUGCACCUCAACCAUCAACGAAUAGUUCGGAGUCGAUUGCAUUAAUUCCUCCACCACAACCACAGGCCCCCAACCUACAGCCUGCGUUGGUCACACUUCCGCAGCAAAUAAUACAUGAUUCGGCAGUUCUUGUCAAACCAACUAAUCUUCCUCUAAACGAUGUAUCAAGCUUACCAGAGAACACACAGUCUAACAAUAACAUACCGAGUCCAGUUUAUGUUUCACAAGCUAAGCCCGUUCCAAAGCCCCCACGCCAAUUUGCCAGUCCUCCUGGUACAUUAAGCGAUACCGUGAAUUCUAUCGGGCCCACAACGCCACCACACGCAUUUCAAAAUCGACCAGAACAUCAGCCAGCUACUAUUUCAGCGGUUCAAAUACCAACUUCAAAUCCAACACUGCCUCCUCCGAUGAUAAGUAAUGCUUCAUCGUCUUCCACGGCAUCCAACAACCCUUUCAAAAGGGCUGGAUUACCACAACACCACCGAGCGGAUAUUGUUGCACCACCAGUCAAUGUACAAGCAUCCAAUUUAGUAGCUCCACCAGCUCCUUUUUAUGCCUCUCCUCCACCACCUCCUGAAGAUUUUGCAAAUCCUUCUGUGGAAAAUCACGAGGUAAUUGCUCCCGAUAACUCUGAAAUAUUGCAUGAAAAUCAAGAAAUAGCACCCAACAACGAUCGCAACGAAUAUCUUCAGACCAGUCAUUUAUCUGAAAUUGGUGGUGGGCAUGCUGAUGCUGCAUUUAAUAUUGAAACGCAAGAACAAUAUAAUGAAUCAGAUGACUUUCCUCCUCCAGGACUGUCGAGAUUAGUUUUAGGUCAGCCAGAAAAUGAAUCUCGCCAAGUUCCUGGAACAGAAGAUGACAGCAGUUUGAAUAUUGAGCGCCAAGCUGAUGGAGAAGAUACCGACCCAACACAAUUGAGAUCUAACUUUGCUUCGUCCUCCGAUAAUAACCAAAACAAUGCUUUGCCAAGUCAAAUUGACAUUACUGCGGAUCGAAAUUUGUAUUUAGUUCCAGGUGAAAGUGAUGCUCAUGAACAGCGAGUUGUUACUGGUCUAGAAAAUGGCUCUUCAACCACUGUUGCACUACUUCCCAUUCAAGUUGAGCAGAGGGAACUUGAAUUAGAUGGAGAAAAUAUUGAAGAUCAACACCAACCACAGCAGCCUCAGCAAACCUCGCAGCAUCAUCAUUCCCAUCAACAUCGACCUGCAAGUCCUGUGCAAAAUGUUCGCGAUGAAGCCCUUGAUGGAGCCAACAGCCUCGACCGUCAAGUACAAGGGAGCCAAAAUAAGAAUCAAGAAAUUGGAUCAAAUUUGACUCAGGAAACAAAUUUAAAAGAUCUUUCUAACAUCUCCACUGGAAAUGACGAAAGCGACCAACGCGAUCGUCAUUACAAUAAAACUCGGCGAGGAAUAGCUGAUACUGACAACAAAAAACGUCGUUCUGGUCACGAAGCAAAAGAAAAUCGAUACGAAAGCGAAGAAUCAGAGUUUUCUAGUGAUAGAGAACGACGCCGAUAUCGUGAGGGUAGCGUGCGCAGCGAACGGGAUAGGGAAAGGGAUAGCAAGGAGCGCAAAAGACGUGACAAACGUGAAAGGGAAGCUGGGGGCGAACGCGAUCGGGAACGUUAUAGAGGUGAUGAUCGUGAAAACAGAUAUCGAGAAAAAUUCUACCGUGAUCGUGAGGGUAAACAAAGUGGUCGAUAUGUUGGUGGUCGUUAUGAUGUUGAUUCAAAAUAUGAAACAGAAAGUUCAACUCGCCACGAACGCCGAAGAGGUGGAGACCGUGGAGAUAGAUCUGAUCGUGUUGAUCGUGAGGCGUACGAAGAGUACCGAAGAUAUCGCAAAUACGACCCUCGCGAAGAACGUGGCGGCCACGACAGACGUGGAGGACCUCGUGUAGAUGGAGAUAGACGUCGAACCGAUAGGGAAUACCGAGAAGAACGCGAUACGCGUCGCCACAAGGAAACGCGCGAAAAACCUCGCAUUGAAUACGAAGAAUAUCGUAAGGCAAGCAGUCGCAACGCAAGAGAAAGUGAUAUUGAAAAAGAUUCUCGUAUACGCGAAAAAGAUCCCCGCUAUGCUGGUCAUAGCAUGUAUGGUGGAUACUCUGGAUAUGGAUAUGAUCCGUAUGCAGCCUAUUAUUAUGAACAGAUGGUAAGGACAAAUCCACAGGCAUACUCCGAAUGGUACAAAAAGUACUAUGGACAAGCCCCAGCACCCGAAUCGAUAACUAACAACGGCAGAGAAUCGGUUCAUUCAGGGCGAAGCUCAGCAAAUAAUGAGAAAGAUCGGUAUACCGCUCAACACCAUCAAUACAUUCCACAUACUGGUGAUUAUCAACGACAUUUUAUGCCUCCUGGGUCUAUGGCCGCCAAUAUGUCGUCGGUUUCAAUGAACUCUACCAUGAAUGAGUCACAGCAGCAGCAAAAACUACAACAACAACAGCGAAACUACGGCUUAAGUGGUGGACCAUCAACUGGGAAUCUGUCGCAAAUUAAUCAACUAUCUGGACCGGAUUACUAUGCAUCAACAGCUCGAUCAUACUAUGCCCGAAGUGAAUAUACUGAAUCAAGGCCAGAUAAUUUGUCACAUAAUUUAGUUGAUGCUCCAAAUUCAUCAACCCAAGAAGAUCCUCAACGACUAACGCCACAUAAAUUUACGAUCGACCAUCCAAUUGUUUCACUGGGACCAGGUUUAAUGGUCACUGUAAAACCCAAUUACUCUCAAAGCGGAAUAACAAAUGUUGUGAAGAUUUUUAGAAUGGGUUGUAAUGAUGCAACUAAUAAACUGUUUCAAUCGUUCCCUGGUCCACUGAUCCGUGGUCUUACACACAAGAAGACUAUAAUAGAAUUUUGUGAGGACCAGAUUCGCCUCGGACCACAUUCGGCUAUUAAUCCUUCACGACAAAAUUCAACAAACAGCCUGUCUGUGGUAGGACAACCGAAUAAGCCAUCAUUCACUUUAAUGUGGAAUUUAUUGAUUCUUUUAUUGCGGCAAAAUGGCAUGGUUGUUGGAACUGAUAUAGCAGAGCUUCUUAUUAAAAAUCAACAACAGUUUCCAUAUGAGAGUGCACAAAAUUCUGUGGCUUCAAAUUCAAAUCUACGUGAAUCUCUGCAAUCAGAUGAACAGCGAAAAUCUAAAGAGAACACCCCGAGUGAGCCAAUACAGGAUGAAGAUGAAUCAUCAGCAGACGAAUCAGAUGAACAAACAUCAAAAACGUCUUCGCUUAGUGAAGAUGAAAUAACCGAAAAGUUCCGAAACUAUUUACUCUAUGGAAAUGUUAACGAAGCCUUAGAAUGGGCAACAGACAAAAACCUCUGGGGACAUGCAUUGUUCUUAGCGUCAAAAGUUGAUAGACGCUCACACGCAAACGUCAUGAUGAAAUUUGCAAACAAACUCUCGUUGAACGAUCCUCUUCAAACAUUGUAUCAACUGAUGAGUGGCCGUACACCAUCGAGUGUAACCAGUGUUCAGGAUGAGAAAUGGGGAGACUGGCGUCCACAUUUGUCAAUGAUUUUAUCCAACACUUCACAAAAACCAGAAUUGGAUAGGAAAGCAAUUACAACGCUCGGCGAUUCACUUUUCAAUCGUGGAGAUCUGUUUGCGGCUCAUUUUUGCUAUUUAAUGGCUCAAGUUGGCUUUAGCAAAUAUCCAGAGGAACGAAGUGAUACAAUUUCAUCACAGAAUUUGGUUAGACUAGUUCUUCUAGGAUCUUCACAUCAAAAAGAAUUCGAAGAAUUUGCGACAAACGAAUCAAUUAUGAUGACUGAGGUCUACGAAUAUGCAUGUUCUUUAAACGAUGACAAAUUUUCUCUUGUGGAGUUCCAGCCUUACAAAUUGUUGCUUGCUACUCGAAUGCUAGAUUAUGGAUACCAACUAAAGUGUUUAAUGUAUAUGGAACAAAUUUCUUUGCAUAUAAAACGAGAUCCAUCGAAAUAUGAGGCAUUGUUUAUCAAUCAGGUGUAUGAACUUGCUGAUCGUUUGAAGUACUACGAUCCAGUCCUUGAAAAGUCGAUGGAUGAAAUAAUGGCCGAUGGUGAAGAUCAUAAUAAUGAUGUGCCUUUUGAUGAACAACCUUGGCUACAAGAGCUUCGUUCAUUAGCCAUUGAACAUACGGUUCAACCUAAUUCCCAAGAUAUUAAUGAAGACUACCAGCAGACAUCGAAUGUAAUUGAUCAGCAAUUUGCAGAAAUUAAUCGUCAGUUUAACGAGCUUAAUUUGCAAUAUGAUAAUACGAAUACAUUGAUACAAGACCAGCAUCAGCAACUUCCAUCUCAAACAGAUCCAACGCAAGUGCAAUAUAUUCCUCAACCAGAUGGUAGCCAAAUUUCUCAAACAAAUGAGCAGAUAUAUCCACAAUUUUACAACCCAAUGGAUGGUCAAACAACACAUGAUGUUGCUUCGGAAGGAAUAACGAAUGUUAAUGGAUAUAUGCAACCGACACAGGAACCAUACCAACAACCAUCGAUACAAUCAAAUUACGACCGGGAAAACAAUCAAGCAUAUACAUCGUAUGGUCAAGACGAACAGCAACAAUAUUGGUCAAAUCAGGCUAAUAUACAAAACGAUGAGCUUGAGGACAAAAGUAACUCAAAAUCAACUUCACAAUCAGAUAACUCCGAUUCAAUGAGUAGUACAACUAAAACCAACUCAUUAUACAUAAACGGUCCUCAAAACACAUUAACCACAUCCAACCAUUUGAUUUCAAAAUCUCAAAACAAAUUAUUGGAAUCCCCGAAACAUUUAAUGGUGGAAUCAACGAAGUUGCAGCAAAAGCAAAAUUUGAAAAGCGUCAGCUUAGUACCAGUUGAAAGAAACUUUAAAAAACUGCAACAAAAUGACUCACCGACCAUACGUAAACAAAAUUCUCCAAAUACUCUUGGUUCGGGAACAAAACAAAAACCACUAAAACAACAGCAGCCUUAUAAUAUAAACACAGAUACCGCACGUCCAACAAUAUCGAUGCCAAAUUCACAAUCACAAAAAUCUGGAUCAUACGAUGAAGACUCCCAGCCAGGCGACUCCAAACAAAGUGAUGCAAAGAGGACAGGUAAUCAGGGAUCAUCUGCUGCAGGACCAAAGGCUGAUUCGAAAAAUUCUUCAAAAGGUGGACAUAGUUCUAGCCAAAAUUCUGGAUGGUUUGGUGGCAUAUGGAAUAAACUCUCUUUGAAACCUAAAAAUCAAAUGAUUUUGCCUGAUGACAAAAAUCCAGCUAUUGUGUGGGACCCAGAGAAAAAGAAAUGGGUAAACACAGAUGGCGAAGAACAAAAUGAAGAAAGCUUAAAACCGCCGCCAAAAAUGAGUGAUCUUGUGCCCAAAGUAAUGCAGAAUUUAUCAGUGUCACAAGUACAGCAGCAACACCAACAAGCGCUGCCACAUGAGGAAGCUUCACAGCAACUGAUUCAGACAAUGCCAACGCGAAGUCUAGAUCCUGUACAGACAUUUAAUGCGGCACCUGCAUUUGUUGCCCCAACACUUGGUGAACCAACGAAACCACCAAGCUUGCAAUCGAACAUGUUUAAGAUGCAAAGAAAUAGAACACUGAAAAACUCGUAUGUUGAUGUAUUUAAUCCAUCUGGUGCGCCACCGAAACCGACAGAACAAGUUCUAGCGCCAGCCCUACCGCCUGCUGCCGUUCCAUCUGGCGGUUUCUUUGUCCCAGGAGCUGCUCCUAAUGACGGUGGAUAUCAACAGCAGCAACAGCCUACACAAGAUGGAGCCCCUCAAUUCUAUAAUCCUAAUCAAUUCGGUGGUUAUCAACAAUAAAAUUAAAAAUUUUAAAGUUAUAUAAAUAUUAAUUUGGAUCGAAAACCAUUAAUAUUUUAUAAUAGGCUGUUAAACUUAUCUAUUGAAAAGAUUAUUUAAGACCUAAAAGAAUAAUAAAUUAUAAUAUAAUGUGAGUGUGCAAAUGGAUAAAAAGAAUUGUUUAAUAGUUUUUGAACAUGUCAAAUCAAAACGAAAAUUUAUUAUAUAUUAUUUAAACAAAAAAAAAUUACUUUAAAAAAUUUUACACCUGUAUAAAAAAAAUUCAAUUUUCUGUUGUGAUUUAUAUUCUACGUACUUGAUAUUUUGUUUAUGCAUGGAAUACAUAUUAUGGUUCUUAUUAUUAAUUCAAUAUACAAUUACAAACAAUAUAUAAUGUAGAUAGAAAGAAAUGGGGAUACACUUCAGUGAGUGGUAAAACAAAUCUUGUUCUGAUAAAUUUUUAGUUUAAUAUGUGGAUUGUCUAUUUUUUGUCUUAAUUUAAUGAUAGCAAAAUAAAAUAUUAAUAGACUUCAGUUGUUUAUAUUUCAA